AAAAUAAUGCACACAACCAUGAAAGAAUAGUACGGUUCUGCACAGUAUAACAGAUUUCCAUUCCACCUUCUCUACACGCUGCAACGAUUUUCUUCUCUCCACACUGCAACGAUUUUCAUUCCACCUUUUCUCCGCGCAUUUAACUUUCUCUCCACACUGCAAAGAUUUACAUUCCACCUUGUCUCCAUUUUACAAAGAUUUUCAUUCAAACCUCUGAAACGAGGCAAACAAGACUAAUCGACACAUGGAGUCGAGUUGUAUCCGGCAAAGAACGCAAAGAUAGACUACUCAACUUUAUGGGGAAGAUUAAUUUCUCAGUGUAAAGAGACACUCCAGAUAGAAGCUGACAAUGCAAAGAGGGCAAAGUCUUUUCAAACAAAGAAUAAGUUAGCUGAAAAGGAAAGAAGAAGAUUUGAUGAAAAAUAUCAAGAAUCCAAAUGAUAUAGUAAUUUCAUUUCAAGAUUUUCCAUUCUUCUUAAGUGAUGAUACAAAGAGUUUUAUGAUUGCUUCUAGUGGCAUUCACCUUGAUGCAAGCUUGGCAGAAGUUAGAAAUUUGGCUCCCAAAUCUCUUUUUGAGACACCGAGGAUUUUGUUAUUAGGCCCAUCAGAAUUUUAUCAGGAAGCUGUGUCCAAGGCCAUUGCUAAGCAUUUUGAUGCCAGAUUACUCAUCGUGGAUUUACUUUCAUUUUCUGCUUUUUCUCUUUGGGGCACUACUAUAAAGGAAGCCGAAUCUUCUAAAAGAAAUUCCAAGAAAAAAAUAAGAUUAGAAACACAUUUCUUUGAAGCAGGUUCUAGAGUAUCAUAUCGGAAUGUAAUUGGUGUCAACGUACCAGGGGAACCUAUGAAUGGCUCUACCGGCUUAGUUCUACUUAACUUUGAAGAUAAUACGCGUGCAAAAGUUGGAGUUAAGUUCGACAAAUAUUUCCAAGGUGGCAAUGACCUUCGAGGCAUUUCUAAAGUGGGUCAUGGUUAUUUUUGUAAAGCUCUAUAUUUACACUUGCUUGAAACUCCAAGUGAAAAAGAUGAUUUUCACAACAAAAUCAUGAACAAUACAUUUGAGUUUGCUUCAAAUCAAGCUAAAAGAGGGUCACUCGUUGUGCUCCUUCAAAACUUAGAGUGCAGGGAGAAUGACAUGUAUUGAAGAAUGUUGUUGAAAAUUUGCCAUCUAACGUUGUGUUAAUUGCUUCUCACACAAAAGUUUUUGAAGAGAAGACUCAAACUAAGAAAAAACAAGGGCCAUCACCAUUUUUUUUACUCCAGGAAAAAAUUAGUAGACAAAUGGAAGAAAGCAACAAUUCCAUUGAUGAAUUUAUGGAGCAAAUUGGUGGCCUUUUCCCUAAUAAGCUCACUAUACAGCUUCCUAAGGAUCAUACCUCUCUAUCUUGUUGGAAUCAGGAGUUGGAGCAUCACGUUAGAAGUAUAAAUGCUCAAUUAAAUGCUGUCACCAUUAGCUCUGUGAGUUUUUCUAUCUUUCUAAGUUGCAAUUGAAACACAUAUUUCAUGUUGGAUGUGAGUUUUUCUAUCUUUCUAAAUUGCAAUUGAAACACAUAUUUCAUGUUGGAUGUGUUUUCAAAUUUGAAAAUAUAAUAUUAGAAAAAUACUACCUACAGUUACUCUAUUAUGUAAGAUUUUGGUAAUCUAUUUGGCCAAGACCAACUGUGUGGCACAUUUCAUCCAAAUCCAUAUUCCAGACUAUUCAAAUCCCACAUUUAAAUGAUCUUGGCGAAUGAAUAUAGUAUAAUGAAACAAUAUUUUUACACUUACUAAGGAUGAUUGCUAACUAGUAUUUUUAGUUUCAUUGAAAAAAAAUACAUUUACAAACUUACUUAUCCCUUAUUAUGACUUGUCAGCAUUUCACAACAACGAGAUAGCUAAAUUUGUAAAUGUAUUUUUUUUUCAAUAAAAUUAAAAAUAUUAAUUAGCAAUCAUUCUUAGUAAGUGUAAAAAUAUAGUUUUAUUAUACUAUAUUCAUUGGUCAAGAUCAUUUAAAUGUGGGAUUUGAUGUUUAGUAAGUGUAAAAAUAUAGUUUCAUUAUACUAUAUUCAUUGGCAAAGAUCAUUAUACUAUUUUAUACCUAUACACAACACUAACACGUAGACUCAGAUGAUAAUUCGAGAUAAUAAAAGUAAUUGAAUGUAAUCUCGUGGUCCGAUAUCGAACACCAGAAACCACACUAACAUGUAGACAGAUAUGAUAAUUUGGUCAGACCACUAGUUUAUGUAAUCUGCGGUUAACAACACUUGUGAUUCUAUUAUCUUGGUAUACUAACUUUUAAAUUGCAGAAACUUAAACAGAUUGGUGGAUAACAAAUGUAAAUUAUCAUAAAGUACAAUUUAAUUCAUAAGUAGUAAUAUUCCAUUGCACGAUUGAAAAAUGGGUUAAGUUCUGAAGUGCUACCAAGUAGAUCAGUACAAUGUUACUAUAAAAUAGCAAUUUGGAAAGUUUAUCAAUGUUUUGGAAUCUGGAUGCCAUUGUUAGCCUAGAUAAUUAGAGGAAAUAAUUCAGGUGUCUCUGUCCUUUAGACUUUUCUGCAUCUCAUCCAAAUUUCUCAUUCCAUUUGAGCAGUUCAUUCAUAUUGGAUGAAUCAAGCUCGAAACUAGCCCGAACCUACAAAUAAGAAAACCAAUUAAUUUAUGAAAUUUUUACAACAACUUCAAUUCAUAAAAUAAAAAUAACAAUUGAUAUACCUCUUUUAAGGCAUGCAACAGAUCCUCCAUCUUUAAAGAACGGAUAUCUAGGCCACUAUAUAACUCAAUUUUCUCGUGAAAAAUGUAUAAUUUCAAAAAUUCAAUAGAAUGUUAUUGUGGCUAUAAUAUAUUUACAACUAAUAGUCUAAUAUUAUGUAAGGAUGAUUUCUUAUUGGUUAACAAUUAAUUAAAAUUACUAAAAAGGUAAAUUCUUAAUAUAUCCCCAUGGUGGAUAUAUAUUUAUUCCUAAUAUAUAUUUUGCUCUAUCACAAAAGCUUUCUCAAAACCUGAAGAGGCCAAGAGGGAGGAACUCAAUUCUAUUGAUUUAUGGUUGUCAUGGAUAAAGGUAUGUCUCUUUGAUUUGAUCUAUCAUUCCCUUAUUCAAUAGUGUAAUUGUUGACUUGCAUGAUUAAUAUUAAACUAACUUUUUCAUUCUCUAAUCUCUCCCUAAUAGGAGAGUAGGCAGCCGCCACACACAAAUCCUACCAUGAAAUUUACAAUAUUAGAUUAGUUUCUAGACAAGCAAACAAAACAAUCUUAGUAGCCAGAUGAAAAAAAAAACCUGGAGAUUACUUCUAGAGUAACCACUAGUUUUGUUAGCCGGUUCUUUUAGAUCAACAUCCAUCGACAAAUGCUCAACUUAUAUCAUCUUAAGUAUAUUUUCACGGUUUAAAGCAUCUGCUAAAUUAAUUAGCAAUCUCUAUAUAAUGUUGAAGAAAGACCAUAAAUUAGAAUACAAAUCUAUAAAAUAUGAAAAAUUGAAAGUUUAAUCAUAUGUCAAAGGUAUACUAUAGGGUGAAAGUUAAGUGGCUACACUUAGCAGGUUUGAAAAUUGUUAAGGAAAAUAAAAAACCUUCUUGGGAGCCUCCUUAAAACAAAAUCAUCAAGAUCCCACAGCUUAUUUGUGGCGACAAGGAAAAGUACGCGAUUGUUUUCUUUUGUGCGGAGACCGUCCUAAUGGACAAAAAACUCUGUCUUAAUUUUGUUAGAAUGAGCUUCAUAAUUUGAAUCAUCUGCUCCCUCACGUCUCUCUAGCAAACUAUCUGCCUAUCAAAAAUAACAGAACAAUUUAACAAAUAGCUUGAAGUAAAACUAUUCAUAAUAGUUCUUUUCCUAUUAUAGAAAAUCAAUGCUGGCAUAUGAGGGAUAAAAAAGGCCAAUUUACGUAUAAAUGAAGUUUUUAUUUUAAAAUAGAACUAUAGAACCAACCUCAUCAAUAAAAAUCACAGUUGGUGCAAUUUAGUGGGCUAGCGAAAAUAGUGUUUUUACAAACUUUUCAGAUUCGUCAGACCACUGCAACAAACAAACUUAAGUUUAAUCAUUAAAUUAAAGGGCUUGGAAAACACCAUUACUACCAAAAUUGGAAGAAACCAACAUAAUUACUACCUUGGACAUAAUGUUCGGAGGUUGAAAUAUUGAUAAAAUUUGCUCCAUCAGUAGCUACCGCCUUUGCAACAUCGUUUUUCCGAUGCCAAGGGACCAAAAAGUAAUAUCCCCUUGCAUGGCUAAACUCAAAUGUUAAUUAAAGAUAAUAUACUAAGAAUAUAGUUCAUAAAUAUAACACUACCUUACUAAACCGCCCUUUGCGAAACAACUCCGGCCUCUGAAGAGGAAGCAUAAUCAAUUCUCUCAAAGUAUUCUUCACGCUUUCUAAUGCUCCAAUAUCGUUAAAAUGACUCCAAUAUCACUUGGAGAUAUAACAUCAUCCACCACUUUCUCCUCCAACUCACCGCCAAUAACAUCCUAAAAACAUACAUUAACAUAAAAGAUUUAAAGCUUGAAUAUAUCAAUGUCAAUAUGGUAAAAGAAAUUGAAGAAAUUGAAAUGGGUAAUGCUCAUUACCUUUCCUAAAUUUUGAGUAUUUUUUCUGAAUAUUGAGUCUUCUUCCAAAUGGUGUGCCCAUACCUAAUGCUACAUUAGUGGCAUAUAAAUUCUGUUAAUAAAUACAAUUUCAAAUCAAAUAAUUUCAUUUUAUUGUAGUCCCUAAAUUUUGGUGGUUUAAAUAAUUGAAUUGAAAUGCAAGAAAAUGGAAGUUAACCUUUCCGAAGACAAAACUAUGGUACAGUCUUUAACAUUAACACCAGAAAAACUUAAAGCCCAUCCAAUAAUUUUGUGUGCAUCUAUGAUAAAAAAUUAAACACAAUAUAUAAAUAAUAUUGGAUGGGCUUUAAGAUGCACACAAAAUUAUUGGCUGGGCUUUAAGUUUCCCUGGAGUUACUGUUAAAAACUCUAUCAUAGUUUUGUCUUCGGAAAGGUUAACCUCCAUUUUCUUGCAUUUCAAUUCAGUUAUUUAGACCACCAAAAUUUAGGCACUACAAUAAAAUGAAAUUAUUUCAUUUAAAAUUGUAUUUAUUAAGAAAGUUUUAUAUGCCACUAAUGUAGCAUUAGGUAUGGGCACGACAUUAGGAAGAAGACUCAAUAUUAAAAAAAAAACUCAAAAUUCAGGAAAGGUAAUGAGCAUGACCCAUUUCAAUUUCUUUUACCAUAUUGACAUUGAUAUAUUCGAGCUUUAAAUUUUUUAUGUUAAUUUAUGUUUUUAGGAUGUUGUUAUUGAUGGUGAGUUGGAGGAGAAAGCGAUGGAUGAUGUUAUAUCUCCAAGUGAUAUUGGAGUCACUUUUAACUGUUGGAGCAUUAGAAAGCGCGAAGAAUACUUUGAGAGAAUUGAUUAUGCUUCCACUUCAGAGGUCGGAGUUGUUUCGCAAAGGGAGGCUUAAUAAGGUAGUGUUAUAUUUAUGAAUUAUAUUCUUAGUAUAUUAUCUUUAAUUAACAUUUGAGUUUAGCCAUGCAAGGAAAUAUUACUUUUUGGUCCCCUGACACUAGGAAAACUAUGUUGGCAAAGGCGGUAGCUAUUGAAGCUGGAGUGAAUUUUAUCAAUAUUUCUACCUCCAGCAUUAUAUCCAAGGUAGUAAUUAUGUUGGUUACUUCCAAUUUGAUAGUAAUGGUGUUUCCUUUAAUUUAAUGAUUAAACUUAAGUUUGAUUGUUGCAGUGGUCUGGCAAAUCUGAAAAGUUUGUAAAGACACUAUUUUCGAUAGCCCACAAAAUUGUACCAACUGUGAUUUUUUUGAUGAGGUUGGUUCUAUAGUUCUAUUUUAAAAUAAAAACUUCAUUUAUAUGUAAAUUGGCCCUUUUUAUCGCAAACAUUGAUUUUCUAUAAUAGGAAAAGAACUAUUAUGAAUAGUUUUACUUCAAGCUAAUGGUUAAAUUGUUCUGUUAUUUGUGAUAGGCGGACAGUUUGCUAGGGAGACGUGAGGGAGCAGAUGAUUCAAAUUAGGAAGCUCAUUCUAACAAAAUUAAGACAGAGUUUUUUGUCCAUUGGUACGGUCUCCACACAAAAGAAAACAACCGCAUACUUAUCAUUGCCGCCACAAAUAGGCCGUGGGAUCUUGACGAUACUGUUUUAAGGAGGCUCCCAAGAAGGUUUUUUAUUUUCCUUAAUGCUACUAAUGAUUUUCAAACCUGCUAAGUGUAGUAUGUUAACUUUGACCCUAUAGUAUACCUUUGACAUAUGAUUAAUUUUUCAUAUUAUUUUAUAGAUUUGUAUUCUAAUUUAUGGUCUUUCUUCAACGUUAUAUACAGAUUGCUAAUUACUUUGUCGGAUGCUUCAAAUCGUGAAAAUAUACUUAAGAUGAUAUUAGGCGACUAGCAUUUGUCGAUGGAUGUUGAUCUAAAAGAACUGCCUAACAAAACCAAUGGUUACUCUGAAAGUGAUCUCCAGGUUUUUUUUCCCAUCUAGCUAUUAAGAUUGUUUUGUUUGCUUGUCUAGAAACUAAUCUAAUUUUGUAAAUUUCAUGGUAGGAUUUGUGUGUGGCGGCUGACUACUGUCCUAUUAGGGAGAGAUUAGAGAAAGAAAAAAAGGUUAGUUUAAUAUUAAUCAUGUAAGUCAACAAUUACACUAUUGAAUAAGGGAAUGAUAGAUCAAAUCAAAGAGACAUACCUUUAUCCAUGACAACCUUAAAUCAAUAGAAUUGAGUUUCUCCCUCUUAGCCUCUUCAGGUUUUGAGAAAGCUUUUGUGAUGGAGCAAAAGAUAUGUUAGGAAUAAAUAUAUAUCUACCAUUAGGAUAUAUUAAGAAUAUACUUUUUUAGUAAUUUUAAUUAAUUGUUAACCAAUAAGAAAUUAUCCUUACAUAAUAUUAGACUAUCAGUUGUAAAUAUACUAUAGCCACCAUAACAUGGCCUAUUGAAUUUUUGAAAUUAUACAUUUUUCAGGAGGAAAUUGAGUUAUAUAGUGACGUAGAUAUCCAACCUUUAAAGAUGAAGGAUUUGAUGUAUGCCUUAAAAGAGGUAUAUCAAUUGUUCUUUUUCUUUUAUGAAUUGAAGUUGUUCUAAAAAUUUCAAAAAUCAAUUGGUUUUCUUAUUUGUAGAUUCGAGCUUGAUUCAUCAAAUAUGGAUCAACUACUCAAAUGGAAUGAGAAAUUUGGAGGAGGUGCAGAAAAGUCUAAAGGACAGAGACACAUGAAUUUUCAUCUAAAUAUCUAGGCUAACAAUGACAUUCAGGUUCCAAAACAUUGAUAAACUUUCCAAAUUGCUCUUUCAUAGCAACAUUGGACCGAUCUACUUGGUAGCACUUCAAAGCUUAACCCAUUUUUCAACUGUGCAAUGGAAUAUUACUACUUAUGAAUUAAAUUGUACUUUAUGAUAAUUUACAUUUUGCAUCCACCAAUCUGUUUAAGCUUCUGUAAUUUACAUAGUUAGUAUACCAAGAUAAUAGAAUCACAAGUGUUGUUAACAACCGAUUACAUAAUCAAGUGGUCUAACCAAAUUAUCAUAUGUGUCUACAUGUUAGUGUGGUUUCUGGUGUUGGAUAUCGGACCACGAGAUUACAUUCAUUACUUUUAUUAUCUCGAAUUAUCAUCUGAGUCUACAUGUUAGUGUUGUGUAUAUGUAUAAAAUAGCUAACACAAUUUUUUUUCAUAUGACUGAAUAUCUUCAUCUAUUAUCCUUAGAACUACAUAGAACAAAACAUCCAAGAAACGCAGACACAUAAGUCCUCAAACAUAGGAACAGAAAAACAUGAACUAAACAUGAACUAUCCAAUCAAACCUGAAUAGCCACAAACAUAAAAAACAUUAAAAUAAAACAAAAAACACUUACAAUUUUAGGUUCAAAAAUUCAAAAGAAACAAAGUACCCUUUUAAUAGGAUUACAAAAAACUGACUCUGCUAAAAUAUAGGACACACGUUGCCGACUAUUUCAACUAAUAAUUAUUAUCACUCUAAUAGAAUUGACUCAAACAAAAACCCAUAAUUAUGGGUCAAUUAUUACUAAGUAAUACAAACUUCUUAACAUUCUUAAUAUAAAAAAAAAACUCAAAUCAUUUUUCAGUUUCCUAGAAAACCCUAAAAUCAAGAAAAUAAGUUAUCGAGUUUUCAAGAGAGAGAAUUUCACCUUGUUUGCUGGAGAGGGAGAUAAAAAUAGAAAGUUUUUCUUAAUCCAAAUAGGUGGAAGACAAAUAACAAGAAUUAUUUGUGUUUUUUUCUAAAACCAAUUUUUAAUAAAUAUAACCAAAUAUAGAGAUACUUAAUUUGAUUCAAUCUGAUUUUAAAAAGAGAAAAGAUAUACUAACGCUUUUUUUAACACUUACAUCGUAUAUGUACACACUGAUUUUAUAUUUUAAUAAUUUAAUUUAAUUUGAUAUUUGUGCAUGGUUUUUUCCUUGGUUGUUUAUCUUGUAUGCAGAUGGUGUACUAGCUCACCUUUUUUUUUUAAAAAAAAAUUCUCUUUCCACCCCAUGAGCUUUUCCCGCAUUCCAUAAAAUUUUAUAUUUGUCUUUUGUGUUUUCGAAGAUGUUCAUCCGAAAGCACUUAUUUUCACGUUCGUUAACACCUUUUGUAGAUGCAUUUACGGAAGUUUUCCACGUGUAUAACUACGGAAUAAACUGGUUUUCAACCGACACAGAACCUCAACAAAAAAAAAACAACAUUCAUUCAUAGAUUAAAUUCGGUUCGGCAUUACAUCGAUUAGUUUAACAGAAAAAUAAAUGUUAUAACAUGGUCUAU